AUGUUCAAUGAUUGGAUACUACGUCCAUCAUCUGCUCAUGGCAAUCUUCAAAGUCAUCCAUGUUUUCAAUCAAGUCUACUAGAUGAUGGUCAUGCACCAGGUACAGUAGACGAAUGGAGAAAAACUUUAACAAGUAAUAAACCUCAAUUACGAAUGGCUAAUAUUAAUCGAAAUGCUGAAGAUUAUGAUCAAAAUUUAGAGAUUAAAUCAUAUUUCCAAUCGUUUAAAAAUUUACGACGAUUAACUAUUGCUAAUCCAACUAAUAUACAACAAUAUGAAGUUAUUCUUUUAAAACGAGCUAAAUGUUAUGCAUUAGUUGGUCUUAAAGGAGAGCUUAAACCAAAAAAAGAAGAUGAUACAAGGAUCGAAGAAAGAUUAAAUAUCAACGCACUUGAAUUAUUAAAGCGUGCCUUUACUCAAAAUAUAACACCGGUUGACCUUGAUAUUGAUGAAUCAGGUCAAAUGAACUUAGAAGAAUUUACUCGAAUUGUUAAACGAUGUAUAGGUUCACAACGAAGCAUUGAUGAUCAAAUAGAAAAUUUAUUUAAUAAAAUUGAUUAUAAUGCUGAACAAAUAAUAACAUGGGAUGAAUUAUGUACAUUUCUUCAGCUAAAUUUUAAUGAAAAAGCAGAUGCAGAAUAUCAUACAAAAGAAAUUUCAUUUUUAAUACCAGCUAAAAUUCAAAAAACACCACAUCGAUAUCCCUGUUCGACUAUUGUACUUUCUCCUGAUCAUCAAUAUUUAGCAUUAGGAAGUGAUGGAACAAUAUCUGUAUGGACACCAAAUGGUGAUCUAAAAAUAGCAAAAUCUGUAGCAGCAACUGCAGGUAUUGAUCAAACACUGACGGCAAGAGAACGUUUGGAGAAACGUAAAGAUCAACAAACUCGUUCUCAACCAAAAUGGAUAACGGAUUGUCAAAUAAUACCAGAAUUUAAUAAAGUUGUUGUUAGUACCGGAGACCGUGAACUUCAAUUUUGGGAUCAAACUUAUUGUUUCAGUACAUCACGUGAAGUUCAAACAAAUGAUCUUCCAUGUACACAAAUAUGUUCAUUAGAUAGUGUACCGAUUAAACUUAAUUAUGGAAUAACUUCACCUGAUGAAUUACUUCUUAUUUAUGGUGAUACAGAUGGUUGUGUUAAUAUUCUUAUAUUUCUUGCUGCCCGAGAAAUUUUUCGUUUAUUAACAACACUUGAACGUCGAAAAGGAAUUCCAACAGUUAAUUUCGAUCGUUUUCUUGAUGCAUAUAAAUGUGAUUAUGUUCGUUGGCAAGUUCAUCGAGAAUGGAUUGAAUAUAUUUAUUAUGAUUCAAGACUUAAUCAAAUAAUAUCAUGUUCAAAUGAUCAACAUACAGCUGUUGUCAUUGGUUGUAUACGAGCAAGUGCUAGUUCAGAAAUUCAAUUAACUGAAAAUGGUUUCGCUGAGUUAAAAACUUCUCAAGCUAAAUCAAAUGAUCUAAAAGGAGGAGCACGUAGAAGACGAGGCACAAUGUCAACAGAUUUAAAUGAUGAGAGUACUCUUCCAUCAGUGACAAAUAUUCGACAUAAACGUGAUUCAACAACAUCCUAUUUAACACAUUCAUCUUCUCAAGAUACUCAUUCAAGAAAAGCUGGUCUUCAAGAAAUGCGAACUGAUGUUGUAACAGCAACAACAUCACGUUCAAACAUUCGUCGUCAACCAAUAAUUCGCAAUGCACAAUUACGUUGUGAUGCUGAUCAAACUGUAUUUAAAAUUCAUAAAGGUGCUAAAACAUUUGAUUUAUGUACAGGAAAAAAUGUUCUCGUUACUGGUGGAAUGGAUCGUGUUAUACGUUUAUGGAAUCCAUAUUUGCCAUCUCGACCUGUUGCUAGACUUCGUGGUCAUAAUGCACCUGUAUUUCUUGUUAAAAUAGCUGUUGAAGAUGAUCGUUUAUUUUCUAUAUCAGCUGAUAAAACUGUUUUGGUAAGUUUUAUUUUAACAAAACAGAAUUUUUAUUUUGAUCAACGGUUAGAUUUUUAUCAUGAAUAUAUAAAGAAAACCAAUUCAUUAUUAUUUAGACGAGAAAAAAAGCAAUGUCAACAAUAUUAG